AAUAUGGUAUAUUCGGCACAGAAGUUACCUCUUGCUGAUUGAUCAGUCUGUAUGUUAUGGUUGCAGUUUACAGUCCCCGGGCCAAAGGACUUACAACCUACUGGCCUAGAAUAUAAAAACAGCACGAAUACAAAAGAAAGACAAGUAAAAUCAGGAAUGUCGCGAUCCUAUUCUGGGCAGGUUUCGCACCAGCGGGCUUUCUGUUUGUUUUUCUGUAUCCUCCAACGCAAUCGGGCAUGUUUCCCGAAUAUAUGGCCAAAGGGUGGUUGUCUUACCGCCACGGCCUAGUCCUGCUGCGGAAAAGCCGCCGAUGGGACGUGGGAAAGCAACGUUACCGCCGCCUUUCAGUGAAAUAGUGCGGCUGAGGAGCGGACAUCCACGCAGCAGCCCUUGUUGACAGUCUUCCAGAUUGUCACACGCACGCUGCCGCUGGCAGGUCCCUGCGAGGGAGCUGUGGUUAGCAGCCAAAUGCCUGCAGAGGACUCGCAAUGGGCGGCGUUCCUCUUCGGGAUGGGCGGGCCGGAGGCGCGCUGAGCAGACAUAAACCAUCACCAGACAGGCGACACACCCAUUGCAAACGCUGGUGCCGAAAGAGCAGGACGGCACCGACAUUCCCCUCAGUGUGACACCGUGCGGCGGUCAUCGGCAGCCGGCUGGGGGGAUGGACCGCCGUUUUCAUAGAGGGCUGUAUGCAAACACUGCCCAGGUAGGGUGUCACAUGGAAAACGCAGCACACUUGCGUGAGUGAUUCGCAGCCAAAAUCCCAACACCUGCGUCGCUUAACAGCCUCCGGCACCACGUCGGCUCAGUCCUUGGCAGAGGACAUAACUGUUUUAGCUGGAUCGCAGUCACCGGGCAAGGAUGCUCGAUCAGCGGAGCGACGAGCGCUGAACGGGGCGACAAUACAGCUCUGAUGAUUGAAAUAUGGAAAAGCAGACGCUGGUAACUGCGAUCAGCUUGACAACGAGCAUCUUGUCGUUGACUCUGCUGAUCACCGCGAUCUUCACUGACCACUGGUACGAGACGGACACCAGGAGGCACAAGGAAAACUGCGACCAACAUGGGCCGGACUCUAAUGACCAGAAAAACAGGGACAUGCCAAUUUAUCACCUGCCUCUGGUGGACAGCAGCAGCUCACGGCGGAACCCGGCACUGCUGAAGCCAAUACACGUCGGGAGCAGGGAGGAAGAGCUCCUGGAGAACUGGAGGUCGAUCCUAGGGAUGGGGAUUUUGGAAUCGGAAUGUGGCCGCCCACUGUUCUCCACAUAUGCGGGACUCUGGAGGAAAUGCUAUUACCUUGGCAUGGAUAGGGAUAUUGAUAAGCUAAUAGUAAAAGGUAUUGCACAGCAAUGCACGACUGUCAAGUACCAUUUCUCCCAGCCCAUCCGGCUCCGGAAUAUCCCGCUGAACUUGACCAAGACCAUUCAGCAGGAUGAAUGGCAUCUCCUUCACCUGCGCAGGAUCACUGCCGGCUUCCUGGGCAUGGCGGCCGCUGUCCUGCUGUGUGGCUGCAUUGUGGCCACCGUCAGCUUCUUCUGGGAGGAGAGCCUCACCCAGCACGUGUCCGGCCUGCUUUUCCUCAUGGCAGGUAUCUUCUGCACCAUCUCCCUGUGCACCUAUGCAGCCAGUGUCUCCUACGACCUGUCCCGGAACCCGGUCCUCAUCUACGGGCUGCCCGCCGACGUGGACCACGGCUACAGCUGGUCUAUCUUCUGCGCCUGGGUCAGCCUGGGCCUGACGGUGGCGUCGGGCUGCCUGUGCACCACCUACCCCUUCGUCAGCCGCUCCAAAGGCCUGCAGUCCAAGACAGCGCAUGACUCUGCAGUGUGAGCGGCCCGCCACCCACCCCUCUGCCGUGCUCAUCUUCCCAUACUGGCCAGUGAAUUACGUGCCGUUUGAUGGUGAGACUGGGGACGAGCCGGCUCCUUGGUAUCCCGUCCGUGUUGGGAACGUGCUGCUGUAAUUUUGUACAAACCUCCUGCAUUUAAUGUACGUGUGCAGACACCGGGACACGUGGAAUCUGUGUUAGGUGAAGUGAGUGUGUCCGUGCGCCUUUACCUGUUUGCGUUCAGCUCGGCUGCUGUGAAUAUUCACUAUCUGGGGAUUCGUUUUUGUUCUCUUAUUUAUUUUAUAUACAUCAGCACUAGUAUAACUGGAAAUGCCUAUGGAAAUACCUGCGGUAUAACGUAACUUUCGUUUGAAGGAAAAAUGUGUCUUUCGAAACGUGUGAAACCGAUGCUCCGUUGAGUUUUUGUCGGAGACGUGCGGGCUGCUGCUGUCGUGGAUGUGCGAUUUGCUGCUGAGUAUUGACAGAGGUCUUAACAACUUGCAAAGAAGACAAGAUGGCAGAUGAAGUCAUCCUGACGUCGGCUGGUGUGGGUGUAGCGAAGUGAGCCGGACACCGUGGAAGAAACGCCGGAAAGAGGGUUCUGGGAGUUAGGGACACCGUUCACUGGACAAUUUGCGUGCGGUUCAUUUAUAAGCUUGAGGUGCAAAAAAUAAAAUAAAAUGAUGGGGGGCCUUUUCAAGUAGUCUGGUCCAAUGGCCACAGGACUUUUAUGAUUAGUGCAAGCUCCUGCCAAUCAGGACGCACCAUUGCAUGAUUACCUGUGUAAGAACAAGGGUGAAAUGAUAUGUUGGAAGGGCCGGUCGUCUCGCCACCAACGAACGCAGCAGCAUUUCAGGAAAGCCUCACAGUGCUUUGUGCUCUCUUCCUACAACUGUACAUAAAUAAACCCAUAAAACCGCAAA